AAAAUACAACAACAACAAACAACAUCUCAGUUCUUAAUUUUUUAUACUUAUAAUAAAAUAGCAAUUAAAUCAUAAUGGCUGUGUUCGACGGAGAGAUAGAUUUCCGUUCGGUCACCAUGGUGGAUUUCGAUAGAAAGGAAAUAUCGCGCACCCGCGCCCGCCCGCGGCCCACAGACGACGACUGCCUCAUCGUGGGCCUCCGCCGAGACAAGCUGAGCCUCCACGACCCGCCCCCCGCCGCCCCCGACACACUGUGUGUGGAGGAUGUGGAGUACUAUAAACAUGCUCUGGAGAGGCUGAAAGAAGAAUGCCCAAAGCUAGGUGCACAAUAUUUUUCUAACGACAUAGAUACAAAGGUUGUCGAAAAUGAAAUUCAAGACCUCAAGAGAUCGGAAUAUUUCAAUAAAUACUGUUCUAGAGACCUCCCAUUCAUGUCAGUAAACCUGGCGCGGCGGGCGCGCGCGCUGCAGACCCUGCGGCUGCCUGAUGACGUGCACAUCCCGGAGACCACCUACCGAGGCUCGUACCGGCCGAUAGACCCGGGCGUCUACACGCAGCCCCCGCUGGAGCUGGGGGUCAAGCCGAAGUAUGAUCCGACGCUGCAGAACAAACUCCGUGAGAUCCUCCGCGUCAACACUGGGGAGUCAGUGUACGGGGCGUCCCACGCCCUGCUCGGGAGGGUGGUGCUGCAGGAGAACCCCUUCGGGAAGCCUCGGGAGGAACCCAAGUAUGGGGUGUGGAAGACCCCUUAUACGUAUACUUAUUGGGUUAAUUAGAGUUGGGGCAGCUGCGGUGGAGUUUCGUGGAUGGGGUUUCGAGUAUGUUGUUUGCGAUGUUUUGUGUUUUUGUAAUAAAUUAUUGAGUUAGCUAUA